GUGUCAACGUGUGCGCAGCGCACCUGGUGUCGCGUGUCGACGUCGAAUCCGAGCUGAGCAGCAGGCGAAGUAGUCUCAGGCAUCGUAGGAAUCUGCGAUAGUUUGAUAAAUCUGCUAUGAAUUUUGGACACCUACUGAACGUUGCUGAAAAGAACCGUAGCGUGGCCACCGUUGAGAAAAAUGUUCGGCGCUACACUACAGAGGUGGCACCGGCAAAGAAGCCUCCGAAAAGCAAUGUACAGUCGGCAGCGAUUAGAGCGUUUCUACAACGCAAAGAGCAAGAGGAAAAGCAAAAAGCACUGGACGAACAGAGGAAGAAAGAAAAGCUGCUGGAACUCCGUGCACAGAGCACAAAGUCAAACAAGCGUGCAAAGCUGAUGGCAUCGCGAACUAAGGACAACGACUUCAGCCGCAUCCGCCUGACGGAAGACGAGGAAGAGAUGAGACGUAAGCGUGAAAUGGAGUUGCAUCGCAAGAUGCUCACGGACAAAGUGGAACGCAUGAAGGCACGCAUCGCACUUCAGCAGCAGGAGGAGAGCAUGCCUCACAAACGCAAACGGAGACGUCAUAGCACAGAAGCGGACGGUGAAUUGGCGGAGCAGAAACCACAAGAGAGGAAACCGCGAAAACGAAAGUACGAACUCUACACUGGAGAAGACGAGCCGAAAGAAGAAAAGAAACCGCGCCCGGUGACAAGACCGCCACCACCACCCAUCGUCGACUACCACGAUCUGCUCAAGAUUGCCAAGGUGAAGCAGCACGAACCGGUUCAGGCGGAGAAGGUGGUCGAGAAGCCAAAGGAAGAAUCGAGGCCCCUCACAAAGCGGGAAAAAGAGCGCAGAAUGGAGGAAGAACUGCAUAGGAAAGGUGUUAAACUACAGUCACUGCCACCCAUAAAGAAGAAAUCGUCCACGAGCAGUACAGCGGAUAAGAAACCCGGAAGAGACCAGCCAAACGGAAAGACGCCGCCCUCGAAGGUCCCACAUUCGUCAAAGGUUGCCAACAGCGAGAAAGGAGGAGAAAAAGCAACAAACGGGUGUGCAAAGCAGUCGCUGUUGGAAGCACGUGCAGCCUUGGAGGAGGCGCAACGACGAUUUGACCUUGAGCAGCGUAGGUUGAAGGAAGCGUCGUUGAAGGCAGGUCAGGACGUUUCAUCGACAAGAGAUGACAGAGUGACCAAGAAACCGUCCGCACUAAAUUCAAGCAAGAACCCUCGUCCAGCGCCAUCGUCUACUGGCUUGGCCAAGACCAAAAAAACAGACAGCAAACUGGAUGAAGACACUUACUAUGCUUAUUCCAACAAACCAAAGUCUUCGCUGCAAGAAUCACGUUCCAAAUCCGGUCUUCCAAAGCAUAUGGGUGCUCCGUCUACGAGCAGACCAGCGCCUCCUGUUAGCAAGGGCCAAAAACCGGGAACAGUGAGCUCGUCUUCUCUGGAAAAAAGAAGAGCCGCGGAACAGGGUACAAAAUCGGUGCAGAAAGCAGGCAGCUCUGCGCAGAAGCCUCGGAUUAGUCCAGAGGAGCUCCAGCGGAGGAGAGAAAUGGCACUACGGAUGAAGGAGAAGCUGCAGGAGCGUAAGAUGUCUCCACCACCAGAGAAGAAGAAGAAGAGCUACGAGGAGCAGUACGAGGAUCUCUACCGCAGGCUUCAAGGAACUCAGUACAUUGAGUCAGAGGAGGAGGGAGAAGACGAUGAGUACGAGGAUGAGGAGGAUGACCUCGACGGCUUCAUCGACGAUGGCCCCACAAGUGAAGGCCUUGACUACUCUGAGCAUAUCCGUGAAAUAUUCGGUUAUGACAGGAGAAAAUUUGCAGAUUUUGACGAUGAUGAGGAGGCGCUGGAAUCCAGUUAUGCGCAACAAAUGAAAGAGGAAGUUAGAAGUGCGAGGAUUGGUCUGAAAGAAGAUAUUGAGGACAUGAAGCGAGAAGAGGAAGAGCUUAGGAGAAAGCAACUGAAAAAGUUAGAAAAUCUUAGAAGAAUGCGCCGGAAACUGCGGUGAACUCAGUGGCCUUUUGUGAUAUGUGCAGUCUUUGAAAACUCCAGGUGCAUACCGAUAUAUAUAUAUAGACCUAUACUAUAGAAGGUGCAAUCUUGAAAAGGUUGCAUGAGGUGUGGAAUACGUAUAGUUAUCAUGGUUGAGCUGUUGCUUGUUUUGCACGAAAUUGCGCUACUGUUCAAAUGAGCAUUACCUGCCCCAAUAAAAAUGCUUAAAUAGAUUGUACACUGCAGACCAUUUGUGGUGAAGCACUGCGUGCAGUGAAUAUUUUGCACCUGUAAGAGCCAUAUCUUAAUCGAGCGCAGUGUAUUUACGUAUUGCACAUAGCAUUGCAGCAUGCUCGGGUGGGUGUCCGUAAUCUUCACGUUCAAUACAUAAGUAGUUUGCAUUAUGGAAAAAGCAGUAAAACAAGCCCUUCAAAAAGACCGAUUCAAAUAUUAAAGCAGCAUAGGUAAAAGAUAUUAAUUUUGCUUCUUUUAGUGUUUUAGCAUCACCCUUUCCAAAUGUGUGCUCAUUUUGUAAAUUAUUGCUUAUGAUGAAUUAUUUCUGUUUAUGUUCACCUUAAAAGGUUUGCAGUGUAUUGGGCUUCCUUGACUUAGACACUGAGUAUAAAAUGGUCGCUUGCAUUAUCGGCUGCACCAAUACAAUGCUCUUUGAAGAAAAUCUGACACGUGUCAAGAUGUCAACAGAAAAUCAUUUUCACAACAUCGUAAGCAUUUUAUGAUGUACGAUACGUUAUAUAGUCAUCAACACAUGUCGCUGAAUCGUUUCAGCACCAGUUCGUGAAUCGAGAAACUGGCUGAAGCACAUUUUUCUAGGAUUACUUUUCCUGGUGACGCGUUCUCAGUGUUGCCUACAUUACUGAACAUGGAUUUGAGUCCUACGUAGUCUUGAGUGUUUGAGAACUUGCAUUGCAGCUCCAUCUACAUUUGUGAGAGGGCAUUGAGAUUGUAAAACAUUAUUUUCACACAUUUUGAUACGAAGCCAAAUGUGUUGCCUGGCAGUCUUGCAUUUGCCCCUUUUGAUCUGUGUUAAAAGUGCUUUGCAUCUCACUUGGAAAGCAUCUUGUCAACAGGUUUGCUAAUGGUUGUGUGAAUAAACACAGUAUAUAUAA